AUGUCGCCACAUCGCUCAGUCUUUGGGAAAGCAUGUCAUUUACCUGUGGAAUUGGAGCAUAAAGCUUUUUGGGUCGUGAAAAAAUUGAACUUCGAUAUGAGUCAAGCUAGGCUGAAGAGGAAGUUUCAGCUAAGUGAAUUAGAAGAACUUCGCAAUGAUGCUUACGAUAGCGCAAGAAUUUAUAAAGUUAGAACCAAGGCGUUUCAUGAUAAGCACAUUGUGAGAAAAUCUUUCAAGCCAAGUAACAAAGUCUGGUUAUUCAACUCCAAAUUGAAGCUAUUUCCAGGGAAAUUGCGCUCAAGAUGGGAUGGUCCAUAUCAAGUUCAAAUGGUAACCUCUCACGGGGCUAUCACCAUUUUUGACCCAAAGAAAGGCACAGAAUCUUCAAUGUACCAAUCUUUCCGAUCUGAUCAAACAGUUUUCUUUCUUGAUGCCUUCCAAUUCAUAAUAUCAGCAUACCAUGGUGGAGUCUCCUUCUAA